AUGGCGCCCUUAAGAUCUUCACGGGCUCUGAUCCCUCCUGUCUUCCGUCGCUACUAUUCGGGUGCCCCAUCGCCCGCAGCCAAGCUAAACUUGCCAAUCGACUACAAGUCCACUCCACUGCUUCACCAUACACCUUCUUCAUUAUCUGGAGUCGCCGACUUUCCCGCUGCAGCAACAAGUAAACGUCUAAACUUGUUCCAGGCCAUCAACUCCGCGCUUCGGACUGCAUUAUCUACUUCCGACAAGGUCCUACUUUUUGGGGAAGAUGUUGCAUUUGGGGGAGUGUUUCGUUGCUCAAUGGACCUGCAAACCGAGUUUGGCGCGGAUCGAGUAUUCAACACCCCUUUGACCGAACAAGGUAUUGCAGGGUUUGCUAUUGGUGCUGCCGCGGAAGGGAUGAAACCUGUGGCAGAGAUCCAAUUCGCUGAUUAUGUCUUCCCUGCGUUCGAUCAAAUUGUCAACGAAGCUGCCAAGUUUCGAUACAGGGAGGGAGGAACGGGCGGCAACGUGGGAGGCUUGGUGAUUCGCAUGCCAUGUGGCGCUGUCGGACAUGGUGCAUUGUAUCACUCGCAAUCCCCCGAGUCUCUGUUUUCCCACAUCCCCGGCGUACGUGUGGUUGUGCCCCGAUCCCCUUCCCAGGCCAAGGGGUUACUCUUAUCGUCUAUCUUCGAAAACAACGACCCCGUGAUUUUCAUGGAACCAAAGAUCCUCUACCGAGCAGCAGUCGAACAUGUACCCAAUGAGUACUACACAAUUCCCUUGAGCAAAGCGGAAGUCAUCAAACCUGGCAAAGAUCUGACAAUUAUCUCCUACGGUCAACCAUUAUAUUUGUGCUCAGCUGCCAUAUCCGCUCUUGAGAAAAGCAUGCCGGGUGUUAAGGUGGAGCUGAUUGACCUCCGUACAAUUUACCCAUGGGAUCGUCAAACUGUCUUGGAGAGCGUACGUAAGACAGGGAGGGCUAUUGUGGUUCACGAAAGCAUGAUAAACUAUGGCGUUGGUGCCGAGGUCGCAGCUACAAUACAAGAGGGCGCAUUCCUUCGUUUGGAGGCUCCAGUCAAGCGAGUAGCUGGAUGGAGUACCCAUACAGGGCUGACCUAUGAACAGUUCAUUUUACCGGACGUCGCAAGAAUUUACGAUGCUAUGAAACAAACACUGGAAUACUAG